AUGAGAACAGAAUUAAAAAUAUCAACAUCAGCAUAUUUACAGACUAAUAGACAAACAGAACAUAUAAACAGAAUUUUCAAAGAAGUCUUGUAUGGAAAACUUCAAGGUAUUAUAUCAUUAAAAAAGCUUUUAACAACAAUUGAUCGAGAAAAAUAUUGGUUAGUUGAAGUAGAAAGCAACGAAAAUCCACCAAUAUGUAAACUUGUUGAAAAAAAAUUAGUAUAUGAAAAAGGGAAAAAGCAUCAACAACAAAAUACUUUAGUUACAAAAGAAUUGCAAAUGACAUGGAAAGUUGAUGAACACGAUUUAAUGCAUAAGGUUGGUAGGGCUAAAUCAUGGUUAAUUAAAGGAUAUAAAGUAGAAAUUGUUAUUUCGAAUAGAGGAGUACAGAAAAAGAAAAGAACAUUGGAUAGGACUAUUAUGGAUAAGAUAUUAAAUGAGUUGAAAGAUUAUUCUAAAGAAAUUCAGGAACCAAAGUGGACAGGUGGUGCAGUUAUAUUAAAGAUGACGGCGCUGUUGGUGAACUGUGAUGAUGAGCAAUUAGCGAAUUUCGAACAUGAGAAAGGACGACAAAAGUUUACGAUAGUCAAAUCAAAUAUAGUAUAG